AUGACACAAAAUGUCAAGUGUGUAGUAUAGUGCCUGUCAGAAUACUUAAAGAAUGUAUUGUAAACAAGGUUCACAUGGUCUAUAUAGACGUUAGGACACAUUGAACCCAUCCUAAGUUAGGAUGAGUUAGACCAGAUUUUUCUUAGCGUUUCGUGAAAUCGGUAUGUACCCAUGUUUUGUGCGUUGAUCAUGUGUGACAAAAAAAGUUCACAUAACCUAAAUUCGUUUACCACAUGUUUUUUUGGCUGAUAUUCAAACAAACAUAGUUGAAUUUGAUCAGGAAACUCGUUAACAGUCAAUCUCAUGCAUUUUUCUAAACUUUUUUUUGUGCAACAGCUUGCGCGCUGACCAAACAUGCAUUCAUCUCGUGGCCUAGUCUGCUGAAAAUGAUAAGGCAAUCUGCAAAGUUCAUAAUAGGCCUACGCUGCACUUGCAAAUCAAAGUUCGCAUUAUAAUGUUAUUAUCAAAUUCGAAUCGGCAGAACAAAUAGGCGGAAACAAAAUGGCCGAAAUAAAACGGUAGAACGACAUCCAUUAUACUGACUGAUAGCAAUACAUGGAAACGAGGAUGUCCAAUUCAUACUGCAUGCGAUACAGCACUAUUUAAGGUACAGUAACAGUACACUACAUGAUAUAUUAUUUGUUUCGACGAUAUUUCGUUUGAGAUGGGUAACAAACUGGACCACCCUGAUGUUCAACUUUCUUCAGAGAAGUUUGUGAUUGUCACAGGUGGCAAUGCAGGUAUCGGAUUUGAGACGGCCAAAUCAUUGGCUGCUAUGGGUGCCAGAGUAUGCAUCGCAUGCCGCUCAGAAGAAAAGGCUAAAGCAGCUAUUGAGCGGAUGCAGUCAGAGCAUCAUGCGGAAAUGCUCAAGAAAAACCCUCCGUCGGAAGAAAAUCAGACCCAGCCCGAUUCGUUGGGCCUGUCCACAGAGGGCGAUAGACCACAUGAGCAGCUUGCAGUGGAGUUUGCCAAGUUGGACCUCUCCUCCUUGAAAUCAACAAUGGAGUUCAUCGAAGGGGUCAAACAGAGGUCAAACUCUCUAAACGUCCUCGUGUGUAAUGCUGGUAUUGCUUUUAUUAAAGAAGAGUACACUGAAGAUAAAUUUGAGAAACAGUUUCAGGUGAACUACCUCUCUCAUCUUCUGAUCAUCUUCCAUCUGUUGCCUCUUCUCCACGCCAGUGCCCCAGAUGCACGCAUAGUUCUGCUCUCUUCUACCGCACAUUCUCUCUGCGACUUGGACUUCCAGAACAUGCAAGGGGGUAGAAAAUCUUACAGCAGGUUUAAGGUGUAUGGCUCGUCCAAAGGUUACAUGAUCAUGGCUGCUCACUUUCUUGCACGGAGACUAGAGGGUUCAAAGGUCACCACGUACUCGGUCGACCCAGGAGGUGUGGACACACAAAUUUCAAACAACUUCUCUGACUUGAAAGUGUUUAACUUUUUAGCGAAAGCUAUUGGCAGAUUGGGAUUUCUUCGCACUCCCAAGGAGGGGGCAUCCACUAGCAUUGUGGCCUGUGUUGACCCAGCUCUAAACGACAGCACAGGAGUGUUUCUGAAGGAUUGCAAACCUGCAAGUCAUUCAAGUUUUUGUGGGGAUCAAUCAAAUCAAGAAUCUCUUUGGACAUACAGCCUCCAGUGUCUUGAGCAAUACAUCAGUGACGCAGCCCUCAGGGCGGCUUUCCCAUUAGCGGAUCAGGCACUGCUCACCUUUCCCAAAGAUGUCGUAAUGCAAGAUGGGAAGCUAGAAGAGGUUUCUGCCGAGGCAGGGGAAGAACGAAAGCAGGACGGAAUGACCAAUACUUUAGACCAGGAGAAGUCGAAAGACAGGGAGCCCCCUAGUAGGACUUUUGAAGAUGGAGAAGUGCCAAUCGAAUCGAAACUUGAAGACAAACCGGCUUUCAGCGGAAAUGAUGAGACUCAGCCUGCCAGAGAAAAUGAAGAUGAGAUGAAGAAACAGGUCGGUGAGAAGGAGGAGAAAUUGCAGCAACCUGCCAGAGAGAAGGAAGAUGAUACGGAGCAACCUGUCAGAGAGAAGGAAGAUGAGACGCAGCAACCUGCCAUAGAGAAUGAAAAUGGGACGCAGCAACCUGCAAGAGAGAAGGAAGAUGAGACGCAGCAACCUGCUAGAGGGAAGGAAAAUGAGACGCAGCAACCAGCCAGAGAGAAGGAAGAUGAGAUGCAGCAACCUGCUAGAGAGAAGGAAGAUGAGACGCAGCAACCUGCAAGAGAGAAGGAAGAUGAGACGCAGCAACCUGCAAGAGAGAAGGAAGAUGAGACGCAGCAACCUGCCAGAGAGAAGGAAGAUGAGACGCAGCAACCUGUCAGAGAGAAGGAAGAUGAGACGCAGCAACCUGUCAGAGAGAAUGAAGAUGAGACGCAGCAACCUGCCAGAGAGAAGGAAGAUGAGACGCAGCAACCUGCCAGAGAGAACGAAGAUGAGACGCAGCAACCUGCCAGAGAGAAGGAAGAUGAGACGCAGCAACCUGUCAGAGAGAAGGAAGAUGAGACGCAGCAACCUGCAAGAGAGAAGGAAGAUGAGAUGCAGCAACCUGCCCGAGAGAAGGAAGAUGAGACGCAGCAACCUUCCAGAGAGAAGGAAGAUGAGACGCAGCAACCUGCCAGAGAGAAGGAAGAUGAGACGCAACAACCUGCAGGAGAGGAGGAAGAUGAGACGCAGCAACCUGCCCGAGAGAAGGAAGAUGAGACGCAGCAACCUUCCAGAGAGAAGGAAGAUGAGACGCAGCAACCUGCCCGAGAGAAGGAAGAUGAGAUGCAGCAACCUGCAGGAGAGGAGGACGAUGAGACGCAGCAACCUGCCAGAGAGAAGGAAGAUGAGACGCAGCAACCUGCAGGAGAGGAGGAAGAUGAGACGCAGCAACCUGCCCGAGAGAAGGAAGAUGAGACGCACCAACCUGCCAGAGAGAAGGAAGAUGAGACGCAGUAACCAGUUGAGAAGAGGUCAACUAUCAAGGAUGAGGAAAUUUCAUAACCCAGUGAUUUUGUUUAUACUAUUCAUGUGCCAAGCGUUUCCAACUUCCGAGAUA